ACCUUCGUUUCAAAUAGAAUGUAACACAAACUCCAUUUGUGACAGAGAGAGUAUGCAAAACAGAGAGAGGUGCAAUUGGUAACUGAGUCCAUUUCGAUUUGAAAUUAAUGGAAGAAAUAAUUGAAAAGGCAAUCAACAGAUGCAAACGAGUGAUCGGCAGAAUUGAAAAAUUACAGUUGCUCAACUCCAUCAACCGAUCAUGUACUCACACUCUCCUCAAAUUAGCUCAUUCCGAGCUCGCUUUUCUCUCGCGCAUUCCCCACCAUCAACCAUCGAUUCCACCCAGUGUCAACAUUGGCCACCUUGAAGCAGUGAUUCACAUACUGGAGCAGCCAUCCGUCACCGGAGUUUCGCGUGUCUGCAAACCCAUCCCGGUAACUGUUUCAGUACCAAAUGUUAUUGUUCACGUUGAUAUCGUUUGUAUUUUUAACAAAAACCCAGUUUGGAUUAUUGUUUCUGAUAGAAACCCUAGUUAUAUUUCUUGGAAUGAAUGCUUUAAAUCAAGAAUGCAGCAUCUUCUAGACGAAGCUCGCUGUUCUCAUAUACUCAAACCCUCGUCGAUACUUAUGUUCUUUGCCCGUGGAAUUGAGGGGCUUUUGUUUGAGAAGCUUAGGAGUGAAUUUGGGGCUCUUGAAAUUGGAUUAGAGUUUGAUUUAGGUGAGGAUUUAGAGGGUGACUGGAUAAAUGUGACUGAAACGCCAUAUCAAGAAUCUGUUUUUCUCGAGAUUAAGAUUGAUUGUGAUUCUAGUAAUAGUAGCAUUAGUGAUGCUGUCUCGAGUUUGGAGUGUGUUUCUGUUGAUGAUUUUGAAGGGCUACAAGAAGAGGACACUGAAAUAAUCUUAGAUGAUUCUUUUAGUUCUAUUCUUUUAGACUUGAAGUUGGUGUCUGAAAAGGUUCAAAGUGCCUGUGAUUUUAUAAAUUUUGACACGACGGCAUUGAUUGCUCUUGUCUCUGGCAUCAGCAAUGGUUGUGCGAAGAAACUUUUGGAUAGCCAAGAGGUUGAAUUGAAGCAGAGGUUCAAGGGAAACGUUGGCUUUGUGAUGGCACAGGCCUUGUCUGAAAUUCAGAACCCAAUACAUGCAGAACUCGCUGGUGUAAUGCGUGGCAAGAGAGGAAUAAUAUGUGAAAGCGUUCAAUCCGAGUUCAAAGAGUUGGUCUCAUUGUGUGGAGGACCUCAUGAGCAGCUAAGAGCUGAGAAACUGUUGAAACACCUUAUGGUUGUGCCAGAUAGUCCUUCAGAACGCAUGAUGUGCCUCCCGACAACUAGAAAGCUGGCAAUGAAGAACAAGGUGGUAUUUGGGACUGGUGAUCGUUGGCAUACUCCAACAUUAACUGCUAACAUGGGAUUUGUCAGAGCAGUUUUACAAACUGGGAUGUCUCUGUUUACUAUCGAGCACCGACCAAGGGCUUUAACAGGUGAUUAGUUUUUUUUUAUUAUUGUGGUGAUAAUUAUUUUGAAAUCGCCGUUCUGUAGGUUUGACUUACAAAAUCCUGAUUUUUUUUCCGCCAUAAGUAGCUGUACAUACAUAAUAAUGUAUGACAACCAAAAUUUAUGCUGUGAAAUAAUUCCAUAAAUAGUUGACAAAUAGCUUUUAUAUGAGUA